AUGGGAGACAAUGUUGUAGUGUCCAACAUGGAGCUUGAGAGGUUGCUUAGCAUGAAAGGAGGCAAAGGAGAGGGAAGUUAUGCCAACAAUUCCCAAGCUCAGGCCAUACAUGCCAAGUCCAUGCAUCACCUUCUCAAAGAAGCCCUAGAUGGAGUUCAACUUCAAGACCCUAACAUACCAUUUGUGGUUGUGGAUUUGGGGUGUUCAUGUGGAAGCAACACCAUCAAUGUGGUGGAUGUGAUCAUCAAGCACAUCAUCAAACGCUACGAUGCCUUGGGAUUAGACCCUCCUGAGUUUUCAGCCUUCUUCUCAGACCUUCCUAGCAAUGACUUCAACACCCUCUUCCAGCUCCUUCCUCCCUUAGCCAACUAUGGAGUUAGCAUGGAGGAGUGCCUUGCCGCUAACAACCACCGCGCCUACUUCGCCGCCGGCGUCCCUGGCUCCUUCUACCGGAGACUUUUUCCGGCAAGGUUCAUUGAUGUUUUCCACUCAGCCUUUUCCUUGCAUUGGUUAUCUCAGGUACCAGAAUCUGUCAUGGACAAGAGGUCAAGUGCAUACAACAAGGGGAGGGUGUUCAUCCAUGGUGCUAGUGAGAUCACAGCAAAUGCUUACAGAAAACAAUUCCAAGCAGACUUGGCAGGGUUCUUGAGCUCAAGAUCUUUGGAAUUGAAGAGAGGGGGGUCCAUGUUCUUGGUUUGCUUAGGCAGAACUUCUGUGGACCCCACAGACCAGGGUGGUGCUGGUCUCCUAUUUGGCACCCACUUUCAGGAUGCUUGGGAUGAUCUUGUGCAAGAGGGAUUGAUUAGCAGUGAGAAAAGAGACAGUUUCAACAUUCCAGUUUAUGCACCAAGUUUGCAAGACUUCAAGGAGGUGGUUGAAGCUGAUGGUUCAUUUGCCAUAAACAAGCUUGAGGUGUUCAAAGGGGGAAGCCCUCUUGUGGUGAACCAGCCAGGUGAUGCUAGUGAAGUAGGAAAGGCCCUUGCCAACACCUGCAGGAGUGUGUCCGGUGUCCUUGUUGAUGCUCACAUUGGUGAAAAGCUUAGUGAGGAACUGUUUCUGAGAGUGGAACGUAGAGCCACAAGUCAUGGCAAAGAGUUAUUAGAGCAACUACAGUUCUUUCACAUAGUUGCAUCCCUUUCUUUUGCUCUAUGA